UUGCCAGAACUGUGUCCAGAAUAAUUAAAUCAUAUUUAAUUUGAAAACCAGUGAACCUCUUAGAAAAAGCUUUAUAUCUUAACAUAAAAUCAUCAGAUUUAGAGAACUAAGAACUAUUUUAUCCUGGACGUGUGCUGUUGGAUGACGUAAUGUUCAUCAGAUACUUUGAUAGCACUCCUCUCUGAAAAACCACACCCUUCUUUCUCUUCUGCUGACUGGAUUCCUUGUUGGUCACUUCAUCAGUGAAUAUUCUUUCAAUUUAAAUUGUACUGCCUACUUAAAGCAUGUCAUCCAUGAGCUCAUCAAAUUUAUUUCUAAAGAGAAACUUGCUUCGUAAUGAUGAGGACUCAGUACCUUUAUCAUAUCAUCAUUGUCUACAGAAUAAUUCUCUUGAUAUGAUGGGUCUUGUACCACCUACAAUUGAUUGGAUAGAGAACAAUAUUGAUAAUGCUAGAAUGACAAUAUGUAAGUUUAGUGUCAAGGGGUUUGAUCUAGAAGAGUUAUUGGCAAGGAUUACAAAUGGUUUCAUUGUGAUCAAAGGGAGGCAUGAUGAAAAGAGAGACAGGACUGGUCUUACCUCAAGAAUGUUCACAAGAAGAGUUCCCAUUCCUUGUGAUGUAAUUGAAGAUGAAAUAAAAGUUCAUCUUUGCUCUAAUGAAUUUAUCUUAAUCUCUGGAAAGAAAAGAUCUGAAGUUUUGGAAAUACCUCUACAGAUAGUACAUAUUCCAGCCUUAAAGCAAAAGAGGGAUCAACCAGCUAUCAGACAAUCACUAAAUUGCCCCAGUACAACAAUGCUUAAUCCGAAAUUCUUAUCAUUCUUGGAUAUUUUCAGAAUACCUUCCCAGCUUUGUAAACACAACAGAUUUAAGAAACAAAAUUUGUCUAUUCCUAUCCUACAUAGAAAGAAAACAAUUUUAGACUGACAUUUUAAGAAGCAUUGUAUCAACAACUAGCCAAGAUUAUUUUGUUUCUGCUGCUAUGAAUUUAUUUAAAAAUUACUGCCAACUUUUCUUUUCAAUGUUUAGUUUUUCUCAGAAAGUCUAAUUACAUUAGACUUUUUUUAAAAUGUUCUUUUAUCACACAAUUGUUAAUAUAUAACAUUAAAUAUUUGUAAUUGAUACAAGGUGUUCCCUUGUACUAUAUAUAUGUUUAUGUUAAUUAUAGUUUAAUACUUAUAAAAUAAAUGUAUAUAUUGGUAAAAAUAAAUAAACAGAAAAACAAACAAAACAAUAAUACUGUCUUGAUGAUAAAAUAAAAUAUAGAUAAAUAAUUA